GGACCUUCUGCCAAACAAAAAUAUUUCCUGGCGGCUCACGUGAUCGGAUUAUCGAAUAAUGACUGGCGUAUUAUGAGCGUGCCCUGCGCGUGAUAAAUGCGCGGCAGUGAUUACAAAAUGCCGUCAGAGUCCAAACCUUUGUUGACAGCUCAGACAGAAAAGCCAAAUCAUUACUCAUAUUUGAAGGAAUUUCGUGUCGAGCAAUGCCCGCUCUUCUUACAACACAAAUGUACACAGCAUCGACCAUUCACCUGUUUUCAUUGGCAUUUUAUGAAUCAAAGACGACGUAGGCCCGUACGCCGUCGAGAUGGAACCUUUAAUUAUAGUGCAGAUAAUUAUUGUACAAAAUACGAUGAAACAACUGGGAUUUGCCCCGAUGGAGACGAUUGCCCAUUUCUCCAUAGAACAGCUGGUGAUACAGAAAGACGAUACCACCUGAGGUAUUACAAGACAUGCAUGUGUGUCCACGAUACGGACUCCAGAGGGUAUUGCGUUAAGAAUGGAAUGCACUGUGCGUUCGCGCAUGGCAGUCAUGAUCAUCGGCCUCCCGUCUAUGAUAUUAAGGAGAUCCAAGCAUUGGAAGCAGCAGAAGCUGAGGGCAGCGGAUCUUCCAAUGGGCCAAAUGCAUUAGACAAGGAGAGAAAUCUUAUGAAUGAGGAUCCAAAGUGGCAAGAUACAAAUUAUGUCUUAGCUAAUUAUAAAACCGAACCUUGUAAAAGGCCGCCAAGAUUAUGUAGACAAGGAUAUGCAUGUCCUCAAUAUCACAAUAGCAAAGAUAAAAGACGAAGCCCUCGGAAAUUCAAAUAUAGAUCAACACCCUGUCCAAAUGUAAAGCAUGGCGAAGAGUGGGGUGAACCUGGUAACUGUGAUGCUGGUGAUAUGUGCUCCUAUUGCCACACUAGGACAGAGCAACAAUUUCACCCUGAAAUAUAUAAAAGUACAAAAUGCAAUGACGUACAACAGUCUGGUUAUUGUCCUAGGGGUGUUUUUUGUGCGUUCGCGCAUGUAGAACAAGAAUUAGGUGUUGCAAGAGAUACAGGAGACACAGGCACAAAUCUAGCUGAAAUAUUAUCCAAUGCUCUUCCUCAGACUAGUUCAGAUAUUAAAUUGAAAGAAAAAAGCAGUGAUAGUUCGAACGGGUGUAGUGAAGUUAGUGAAUCAUCAUCAACUUCAUCAGAAUUAGGGAAUUCGGUAAAUAAUUUGAAUAGCAAUCUAUUGAAUGUCAAUACGACACCACUCAAUUCGAAUAAAGCUCCCGGAUCUCAGCUAUCGCAUAAACCGAUUCCUUUUCAAAGAAGACCGACGAUAGGUUUAGAGUUGACGAAUAAAUUGGUAGCUAUUGAUAAAGAUCCUACGUUAGAUUCACUAGAGAGAGAACAGAGAAAACAGACGUUAUGCUUUGCAUACAGCAAUUUAGGAACUGGCUCAUUUUUUAGUACUGGAAAUGAUACUGUAGAAAGUGUAGUUGGAAACGCAUUGGACGAACUGAACUUAGAAGAUUCCCUUAAUUUGUCUGGUGCGCUGGAUAGGGAACUAGACACGGAUUCUCCGACUGUAUCAAAUUCGAUAUCAGUCGGUUUGGCAUCGUCAGCAGGUCUUUUAGGCAGUUCGGCACCCGUUAACAUUCCCGGGUCCAGAACUGGAUUGGCAGCUGCUGGAUACAGCCCAACUAGCAAUAGUCCCAUGCAGUCAUUUCUAUCUGCUACUAGGUUUUCAGCGUCUGAUAUCGACUUCUUGAAUCAAUCGACUCAGAUGCAGUUGAGUAGCAGCGCCUCGAAAAUGAACAACUAUCCAGGAUUUUUCGAUUUUCAAACCCAAAACAUCUCACCUAGUUCCAGGAAUCACACUAACUUUAGCAUGUCUCCUAGUAUAAACAGCAAUUUGGAGGUUGUAAACAGAUUACGUGAGGAGCUAACUAACUGCCGGAUUCAACUAAGCAACUGGGAGGAACGUCUUCAGCAAGCCAGGACCGCGUGUGAUGUUUGGCAGCGCGAAGCUGACGAAGCAAAUAGGAAAAGUCAACAAUUAGAGGGCCGGUUGAAUGACACUUUGACGCAAUACAAGAGUCUCAAGCAGGAGUACGAAGCGCUACAAGGUGGACCGCACAUCAGGAGCAUCACUGAGGUUUCCGAACUGGGCAAGCUGUCAUUGGCCGUGCUGAAGAACCUGAAAGCGCAGCUCAAGCAGGACUUAGAUGAGAUCGAAAAGGUGCUGUACAGCAAGACCGCCUCGAAAUGCAUGGUAUGCGAGGAGCGCAACCGAACGGUAACGCUGAACUGCAAUCACUUCGUACUGUGCGAUCAGUGUGCCGGCACACAGAACGAAUGCCCAUAUUGUCAGACGCCCAACACUCUGGUGAAUAACAUGUGAAGACGAGGAAAUUAGGCGAGCCGGACUGACAUCCGCAUCUAGUUGUCUAGUUACAAAUAACGAAACACCGCAACUUUGCUAUUCCUGGAUGUGUUUGACGAAAUUGCGCUUGAAGUUUUCGCAAUCAUGCUGAGCCCUUUCACUUUACAAGUUUUGGGAGUUUAGGAUCUAAGUCACGUUAACAAACUACAGCGAAUCAUGUUUGUAAAGGGUUUUUCAUUAAGUGUGUCUGAAAUUUAAAAUAAAACGAGUUGUGUGCGACAUAUGAUGGAAAGUUUAAUUGCGUAUUAAAGUACAUUUAGUACCAUUACUUUGUAAAAAUUACAUCAUUCAAAUGAGCUCCUAGGCUUCGUUUACAGGACUCGAUCCGAGAGGUCCAAUUUUGUUAAACUCUGGCUGGAUCUCACCAAUGGUUUGGAUGAUAAUGUUCUCCAAUCGGUGAAUUGUUGGUUUGCUGCGAAAAACCAGCGGCUUAACGUAACCUCAGAGAAAAAGUCUAAGGGCGUUCACUCGCACGAUCUUGGCGGCCAUUCCAUAUCGCCUCUUCUGGACAUAACGUCUUCUGGCAACUUGCAACAAUGGCAGUGUAAUGGCCGACGUGUGACACGUUGCGAGGUCUUGUUGUAACCACAUGUCGUUGGUCCUUGUCAUCCAAUUGAGGUCUUGAAAAGUCAGUUAUCAUGGCCCGAUACCGAGCGCCGUUGACAGUCACCGUCUCGCCAUUCUCGUUUCGGAAGAUGUACCGUCCAAUGACGCCGGCUGACAAAAACCCACCAAACAGUAAGGUUUUCCAUAUGUAAUGGAGACUCUUGGUACUGUUGUCGAUUACUGUCUCCCCAAAUGCGACAAUUUUGUUUAUUCACGAAGCCAUUUACCAAAAAUGUACUUCAUCAAUAAAAAUGAUUUUUUGGCCAAAAUCUGGAUCUGCUCCCAACUGUUUCAGAGCCGAAUCACCGAAAGUACUCGUACUACAGGCAGGCCAAUUGCUUGUGCAACGACGCGGAAUCAAAAGCUUCGGGUUUUCAGAUACACUUUCGGCAACAGCAACAAUAUUCUAGCGUUUCUACGUCUUACAGUAACUGCUCGAUCAGCAACCGAACCGUCUUGCUCGAAUUUGGCGAUAAUUCGUUGAAUUGUUCGCUCCGCUGGACGAUUAUUUCGGCCGUAAAUAUAUCGGAGCUCGCUAAAAGUUUGACUAAUAGAACACGAAUUUUUAUAAUAGAUUUUAACAAUUGCGACGCGUUCUUGCACAGUGUAGCGCGUCAUGGUAACCUGGGGACUAUGUCGGAACACAAACAUCGAGGAAUGAUAGCCGUGCCACGUGAAACGUCAGAGUAAGGUGUUGCCAAAUUUCGGACAUAGCUAUUGAGAAACCCUUUACAAUCUGAUAACUAUGUAAAAGGCAGUAUUCAUAUUAAGAAUGAAAGUUCAUCAAAUUUUAAAUAAUAUAACGUUUUUGUCUAUAUGGGACCCGAUGGAUACCAGAAAAAUGAAGUAUUUCAGCUGCCUAAAUUGAAAACCAAGUUUUCUUUAUCACAUUAUAAAAACAUUUAACAUUGAUAUAAUCUUAGUUGCUGAAGAUCAGGAUCUUGUUCAGCCACAACUAAAAAUUCUCAUGUUUCCACAAGAAAUAUGUAGAUCAAUAAAAAAAUCUGACUUCUUAAAAAUUGACUUUAGUUAAAUGAUGACCAAUUCUAGUUCCAGCUUCAAUUUUCGUGGUGAUUACGUCACUUGUCUCACAAGGCAUGAAUUUCGUGCUGUAUCGGUGGUCCCAUUUUAAGAAGAGGUUAUUUUAAACUUUAGCCUGCUGCUCCAUUCCAAAACCUAGUUGAUUUGGUCAUCAGCUUUACAAAAAAGCUGGGUACUAAUAUUUUUUUAUGAACAGUUUUUUUCCAGGGGAUCCAAUAUCCAAUUAUGGUGGUACGAUUUCACAGUACGCGUUAUAACUGCUUGCUUUUAUGGACACUUCUAUCGAUCACAAGACUUUAUAACGUUGACUUGUCAGCUUAUCACUUUGACAUAAGCAAAAUCAAGUGAUGGUUUUCUCCAUUUGAGUUAUUAAAAAUAGCGUCGAAAUAACACCAUGCUUUUACAAAGUGUUUCACUUCUUUGAGUUAUCUGCUUGCCAUUCAUAUAAAUACUCUAAUUCAGUUUAUUUUCAAAUUCAUUGUGUAUUUGCCACUUUUUCGAUGUCUGGAAAUAGCAAAGGUGUUGUGGCAUUGUUCUGUAUUUUGUCAUGAUACGGAUGUGAGUCUAGCAAUUUAACAAAUUUUUAAAUUUACUUAGAAUAAUAGGUUUAUCAAUUUUUUUUUAUUUUAAUAACACUAUGAAGAUUUUUCAAUAUUAUCCAUCACUACAUUAUUUUUAAUAUUGUAAGUUCAGUGUAAUAUCUUUUCCAGGUAGUUAUCCAUAUUAAAGUUUUGACUUUAUAAGAACACUAAAGGUUUGAUAUCUUCUUGGAAUAAUUUAUAUCAUUGAUUGUAAUAGUUACAAUUUUGAGAACUAUAUAGGGUAGAAUUAAGAACCUGAUAAGGUUUUUUGAACAUUAUUAUUAGGAGUGAAGUUGAUUGAAUGCAUUGAAGACUGAGUUUUGUGGCAUAAACCUGUAAAUUUCGAUGACGCGCAAUCGUUUCUAGCAACACAGUCCUACAGUGUGUAUUUUUCAAAUUUAUUCCAUAAUGCGAAAGAAAUUAAUCACUCACUAAUCCCAGUGUUGAAGUAGGCGUGUUAUAGAUUGUUAAUAAGCGCAAAUUAUGAAGACACAAGCAACGAAGUAACUGAUACAUAAUAAUAUUCAAGGGAAUGUGGACCAUGUUUCUAUACCAUGUUUCAGGUACAUUUAAGUUCAUUGAAUCCAUGUUACUUUCCUCCGAAUUUUAUGACUCUUGAUAUCUUUUGUUAUUAUUUUACAUUAGAGGAAAGGCACCUAAUUUCGGAUAGUUUUUUUUUUCAUCUAUUUUUUGAAAACCAACCUAUAUUUUAUUUUGGUAUUUCAGGUUAUGAUUCAAUGGGGUAUAAUAAACAAUAUAUAGUAAAAUCAUUUUUAUUUUAACAUGUAAUUUCGGACAACCUGGUUCUUAAUUUCGGAUACAAAAAUAUAUUGCCCACAAACGGAAAAAAUAUUCCAAACAAACGUCCCGGAUAUAUCCUUUGCGCUCGCCACUAUUAGCACAUUCCUCGUGCACCCAUUUGGGAAAUUUCCCACAUCUGAUCCAUUGUUCUCAUCUGACGUUCUCCGAAAAUAGACCAUUACAAAACAUCCACAUCACUUGCGUCCAUAUCGGAAUCAUCAUCAAAUACAGGAUCCUCGUCGGAAUCGUUGCAUGAAUCGUCGACCCAAGUUUUUUUUUUCGUUAUUUUAAAGCAUUUUAAUCGUUGCUUUAGCUUUGUUCUUCGAUUCAGACUGGCUUAAAUCACUUUUCACACUUUUUUAUCCUUUAUCGACUCAUUUCUAUCCGUUUCUUUUAAGCUAGUUUCAAGGUCAUCCUUGAAAGGGGUGCUAUUUGUUUUAAUAGUGAUGACAUAACUUGCCCCUCGCGGGGCAAAACGAAUAAUGGUGGAACAAAUCCCCCAUAGUCCAGUUAAAUAGCCGAAACUGGGACAAAAGUGAUAACAUAGCCACAAAGUUAUUUCCGCUGGCGUAAUGGUGUAAUAAAGGAUUGCGAAUAUUGUUGUAUGAAUUUGGUUUUCCGGAAACCAGCCGUUUUUUUGUAAAACAGCGAAAAACCCAAAAAACCUGUAUUUCGCUGAAACGGCUGAGGAUAUUUGGAAUUUUUUACACGUAAAUUUUUCUAACCUUUGCCGCCGCACCGUCCACAAUUCCUCGAAAAGGGAGGGGGAGGAUGAGGGGGGGUUGUUAGACACGUGUAAUCUGAUCGAAACGAUAAGUACAUUCACAUGGGGAGAAUCCAUUGUGCUUAGAGCACAGAACUUCCGCUGCUCCUCGUUUCAUGUUCCAUUAAUCUAUACAAUUAUUUUUUACAAUGCUAUACCUGGAUCCACAAAAUUGCUAUCAUAUGAUAAAUUUGAAAGACGUAUAAAGAAAUUUAUUUUGAAUACAUAGAAGUAUAUAAAUUAGUUGAUAAAAUUUAUAUCACCUCACACAAAAAUAUUUCCAAUAUAGCAUUCAUAUAUAUGUUAUAUACAUCAUAUUUUUUAUGCACC